AUGGGAAAGUUUCUCGGCAGUAAGCAAUACAUUUCUGCCGGGUAUGAAUAUGAAAACGGAAAACCUCCUAUCAUGGAAGAGCAACAGUGAUCCAGCUCCUGGAGAUUUCUCUUUUUAUUUUGAUCAGAAUCUGAACCAGUUUAUCAUUCGGAACCAUUCAGACACCUAUUGGAUGAGUGGUUGGUCGGGUAAGUAUGCCUCCUUCAAAGAUGUACCAGAUGAUUUGAUCAGCAUGAUGAUCCCUGCAGACAAUAACAACAGUUACAAGACAGUUCCAGCACCGAAUAAUAAGAAAAGGCUUGUGAUGAAUUUAUCUGGCCAUAUUGAGUUCUUUACAUGGAUGGAUGGAACCAAUCAUUGGUCUUUGAAUUGGACAAAACCAAGCGACGUAUGCAGCGUCUAUCAAGUUUGUGGAGACUAUGGCGUUUGUAGCGUUGGGAAAAACGUCAAGCCUAAUUGCACAUGCUUACCAGGGUUUAAACCAAAAUUGAAGACAGAGGCUGGAUCUACUGAUUACUCCAGGGGGUGUCAGAGGAAUAUAGAAGGUUGCAGUUCGCAAGAAGACUUUUUCCCUGUACAGUUAGACAAAGUGAGUUACCCACUUUCGCAUUUUGAUGCCAUUAGUGAGGAAGACUGCAUAAAGGAUUGCAAAAAGAAAUGCUGCAAUGCCUACUUUUUUGAAAGUAGUACUGCUCGUGCAGUUGAAAAAAACAAGCCUUCUACCUGCUGGUUAUGGAGCAGUGAUGAGGAGCUGAAGGAUCUCAAGAGUAGUGAUUCUUUUGGAGGAAUGAUAAAGGUCCGUUUUGUAGCUGGUACUGCUGCUUCAGCCAAUUUCCCAAUACAACUUGCCAGCAUAAUGCAGAAAGUGAUGAAAGUGGGUGGUGCAGCUGCAUUCUUGGCUUCCACUGGGAUUCCAAAUCUGCAAAUUGUGUUCCUGCAUAGCAAAGCAUUAUUGUUGGUGAUUCCUUUAAGUACCAUAGCUGGAAUAGUUUUUACAGCUGUUGCUGUCGUUGGUAUUAUAUUUUUCCAGAGAAAGAUGACCAUAAGAAGAGCUCAAAGGAAUAUGUUUGAAGGAAAGUCAACUUUUCCAAACAAAGAAAGUGAUAAUGGUGCCAAAGAAUUAGUAGGAUUUGAUGAGUUCCAAGAAGACAGAACAAAAAGCAUAGAUGUGCCAUUCUAUGAUUUUGAAACGAUUGUAGCUGCUACAGAUGACUUCUCGCUUUCAAAUAAACUUGGACAAGGUGGAUUUGGGCCAGUAUAUAAGGGAAAGUUUGGUGGGGGACAGGAAAUAGCAGUGAAGAGGCUCUCAAAGAGUUCUGGACAAGGCCUGGAGGAAUUCAAGAAUGAAGUUGUAUUGAUUGCCAAACUCCAACAUAGGAAUCUAGUACGACUUCUUGGUUAUUGUAUGAAAGGGGAUGAAAAGAUGUUGAUUUACGAGUACUUGCCAAAUAGAAGUUUGGACUCAAUUGUCUUUGAUCCAAAGAAGUGCCUAUUGUUAAGCUGGGAAAUGAGAUAUAACAUUGUGGUUGGAGUUGCCAGAGGACUUCAAUAUCUUCAUCAAGAUUCUAGGUUGAGGAUUGUUCACAGAGAUCUCAAAACCAGCAACAUUCUUCUAGAUGAGGAAAUGAAUCCUAAGAUUUCAGACUUUGGAAUGGCAAGAAUAUUUGGUGGAAAGCAAACGCAGGCAAAUACGACCAGAGUUGUGGGCACAUAUGGCUAUAUGUCCCCCGAAUAUGCAAUAGAUGGACUCUUCUCAAUAAAAUCUGAUGUCUUCAGCUUUGGGGUUGUAGUCCUUGAGAUCGUAUCUGGGAAAAGAAAUACAUUAUUCUAUCACAAGGAACAAGCCCUAACUCUCCUAGGAUAUGCUUGGAAACUAUGGUAUGAAAACAUGGGAUUGGAUCUGAUGGAUCCAUCUUUGCGAGAAGACUGUAAUGAAGGACAGGCAUUGAGGUGCAUCCAGGUUGCGCUGUUAUGUGUACAAGAUGAUGCAGCAGAUCGACCAACCAUGACUGAGGUAGUGUUCAUGCUUUCUAGUGAAACUGCAGUUGUUCCCAAUCCUAGACAACCGAUUUUUGUCGUCAAAAGGUUCUCCGAAAGCCUUGCUUCUUCCAGCAAUCAAGGAACUGGCUCUAACAACGAACUAACCAUCACUUUUGAGGGUAGAUAAUAUAUAUUAUACAGACCGUAUUUGCUAUCCAAAAAACAAGAUGAAUUAUGUAAAUGCAUCUGAAUUGUAUCUAUGGAUUUUCAUUAUGUUUUCCCUUUUGGCAAAGGGCCUCUCCAGCCAGAGUACCUACCAAUUAUAAUUUGGCUAAAAGAUAGGCGAUCUCUGGCUUAGCGGUUAAUGCAAAUGGUUUUAGAAAGGAAACAGAAUGGAACUCUCAUGAGAAGUUUCCCAUUUCGCAACCCCAUUAACGACUUUCCUCAUUUCUACCAUUGUUAAUUACAGGGUCACGAUUUGAAAUUGCGUUCCUUGGCAUUUCUGUUCUGGUGCCUGGUGGGUCAAAACCAGACAGAAAUGAAUACAUUUUUUUAAG